CGGCUCCGACUCGGACUCUCCGCACCGCCACCGCCGCCGCCGCUCCGGCCCCGCACGCGGCCCAGCUCCCGCCGCGGCCCCUCGCCUGGUCCCUGCCCGGUCGUCCGCCCGGGGGCGCGCAGGGGGCAGGGCGGACGCCCCGGUGAAGCCCGAGGGACGCGCGCGCGAGGACUCCUUUGUGGACUUCACUGCUGCCAACAUCUGGGCGCCGCGCGGGCCACUUCUGGCCGCCGCUGGCCGCCUCGCCUUGGGGACCAGUGGGCGCAGCCCCAAAGACCGGAGACUUCGGUUCAGCACCAGCCCCCCGGGAUGCAGUAGCGGCCGCUGUGAGGAGGCCGCGAAGCAGCUGCAGCCGCCACCGCGCAGAUCCACGCUGGCUCCGUGCGCCAUGGUCACCCACAGCAAGUUUCCCGCCGCCGGGAUGAGCCGCCCUCUGGACACCAGCCUGCGCCUCAAGACCUUCAGCUCCAAGAGCGAGUACCAGCUGGUGGUGAACGCAGUGCGCAAGCUGCAGGAGAGCGGUUUCUACUGGAGCGCCGUGACCGGCGGCGAGGCGAACCUGCUGCUCAGCGCCGAGCCGGCCGGCACCUUUCUCAUCCGCGACAGCUCCGACCAGCGCCACUUCUUCACGCUCAGCGUCAAGACCCAGUCAGGGACCAAGAACCUGCGCAUCCAGUGCGAGGGGGGCAGCUUCUCCCUGCAGAGCGACCCCCGGAGCACGCAGCCGGUGCCCCGCUUCGACUGCGUGCUCAAGCUGGUCCAUCACUACAUGCCGCCCCCCGGGGCUCCCGCCUUCCCAUCGCCGCCCAGCGAGCCCAGCGAGCCCUCCUCCGAGGAGCCUGAGCAGCCUGCGCAGCCGCUCCCGGGGAGCCCUCCCAGGAGAGCCUAUUACAUCUACUCAGGGGGCGAGAAGAUUCCCCUGGUGCUGAGCCGGCCCCUCUCCUCCAACGUGGCCACUCUGCAGCAUCUCUGUCGGAAGACUGUCAACGGCCACCUGGACUCCUAUGAGAAAGUCACCCAGCUGCCUGGGCCCAUCCGGGAGUUCCUGGACCAGUACGAUGCCCCACUUUAAAAAGCAAAGGGCAGAGGUUGGGGUUCGGGGCCUGGGUCCCCUCUGCUCCGUGACACACAACACGGCACAAGCACAAGAAACCAGCCUUGAGAGAGUCCGGCAGCUGUGGGCCAGCCAGUGAGCAGGCAGGCCCCUCCCUCCGGCCCUCCGCGCUGUGGAAAGGGGCGGGCGGACCUGGAAUGCCUUUGAGGGAAGGGGGUGUGCCACCUGAGUGCCCCACCCCCACUCCAGCUUCUCGGGAGGAGCGAGCUGGCCUAGUGGGACAACGGGAACGACAGUGGGUUCUCCUGCCCCCUUCAUCGACCCCCACUCCACUUCCAAACAGGGGACACUUCAGGAAUGUUGAACUCAUCAGAACUGCCAGGGAAUCCUCCAACUUUCCAACGGAACUUGUUUGCGCUUUGAUUAGUUUAAACCUGAGCUGGUCGCAGAGCCUGGGAAAGGAUGAAAGAGAGAGGGUUCGGGGGAUACCAGAGCUGCAGGCUGGCCAGGGAAAUGGCCACACCCACUGCCCAGCCCAGAUGAGGAGGGUGGCUGCAGGCUCCUCUCCCUGGCUCAGGGAGAAGGGCAUGGGGUGACCUAAGAGAAAGAGCCUGGUGCCCCUCACCCUCUCUCUUGAGACAGCAUGGGAAACACAGGUUCCAUAGUCUACCUGGUGCCCAAGAGCCCGGGGCCCUCCCCCGGUUUUAAGGGGGAAGUGGCAUUUGAAGGAUGCCUGGGUUGGCCGUUGGUCUCUUUUUUCCUACCUAUGCCAUACCUUCCAGCACCCAGGGGGAUGGAGGAGGAGGUGUGCCAUCUUUGACCCCCACUCCUGGUGGAGAAGGUGGGGGACUAGGAGAUUCGCCUUAGAUGCUCCCUGUCCCAUGGAUAGGGACUGGUAUAGGGAAAGCCUCACACUCAGGCCAGUCCAGGCAGAGGCCAAGGGAUUCAUCCCGAGCGCCCAGCCAGCCACUCACCAGGGAAUGGGUGGGGGACCACCUUCCUUUGGUGAUACACAGGGAGGGUGGUGGCCAUUCCUAGACCCAGGCCCUGCACAGCCACCCUCCUGCCUGGGUAGGGGAGGCAGGAAGUCCACUGCAGCUGCUCCUGCUCCCACCAUAGCACUGAUCCGUGAAAACUUAGAGGAAUGUAGCAGCGAUGGAAUUAACCUGGAACUGUUUUUUUUUCUGGUGUGAAAACCAAACAAACACACAAAGUUUUCUGUGUCAGGUAUCGGGCUGGAUGGGGCAACUGUGUGUUGGGGUAGAUUUUUCUCUAUAUUUUGUUUCUUGUUUUUAAAUAAUGUUUACAAUCUGCCUCAAUCACUCUGUCUUUUAUAAAGAUUCCACCUCCAGUCCUCUCCCCUCCCCCAACUCAGGCCUUCCAGGCUAUAGGAGAUGCUUGAAGAACUCAACAAAAUCCCAACCCAAGUCAAACUUUGCACAUAUUUAUAUUUAUAUUCAGAAAAGAAACAUUUCAGUAAUUUAUAAUAAAGAGCACUAUUUUUUAAUGAAAAA